AUGGUGUUUGAGUCCGCCCCGACACUCAUUGGCGACACCGUAGAGCUCAAGCAGGUCCUAGGGUCCGGGGGCUUUGGCAAGGUGUAUAUGGGAUACGAUAGGAAACGCAAGAUCAACGUCGCUGUGAAAAGCAUUGGGAAGAGAAUGGUGGAGCUGCAGAAUAUACUCUCCUAUGUGGAGCGGGAGAUCGAGGUGAUGCGGAAGAUCAAGCACCCACACGUGGUGAAAUUGCUCGAUGCCUUCGAGUCGUCUAGCGCGUAUAACCUUGUUAUGGAGUUGGCCCCCAACGGCGAGCUCUUUGACAAAAUUGUGAAUUCGGAACGCUUCGACGAACGAACUGCACGCAUGUAUUUUCAGCAACUUAUAUGUGCCGUGCACUACUGUCAUGGACUCAAUAUUGUUCACCGCGACCUAAAGGCGGAGAACCUUCUCUUAGGCAAGGGCAAUGAGUUGAAGGUGUGCGACUGGGGACUCUCGCGUUACACGAGGGAGGGGCGCGUCAAGGACGAAAACCGCGUCCUCUUCCACUCGCUGGCAGGGAGCAUUGACUACCAGGCACCGGAGGUGCUGCGCGGGCAGGGAUACGAAGGUAGCGCGUGCGACAUGUGGAGCUGCGGGGCCAUUCUCUUCUUCAUGCUCUGUGGCUACCUCCCCUUCACGGACCGCUCCGACGUACAGACGCGGCGGCGCAUCCUCACCUGCCAGUACAACAAGCACAACCGCUACCUCUCUGACGGCGCCAGUGACCUUAUCGCGCACCUCCUGGAGGUAGAUCCGGGGUUGCGCUACACCACAGACGAUGUCAUUGUGCACCCAUGGUUUCAGCUGGACCUUGAUCCGGCGCUUUUCCCUGAAGUGCAGCUGUGUGUCGAGUCCACACCACAGAGUCCCAAGUCUGGUGUCUUCAUCCAACGCGUCUUAACACCCAGUGGUGGGUUUGAGGACACAACAGCGCCGUCGAGGGAGGGGCUAGACGAGAUACACCGCGCCUUUGUAUCGUGCAAUGUAGAUGGUAGCGGAUUCCUCAACUUUGAAGAAGUGCGCGAUGCGUUGAUCAAGCUGAAAAACAACGAGGCAGUGUCGGAGAAGGAGGUGCAGCAGUUUAUGUCCAACUUCGCGCUGGACAAAAGUGGCCGCAUCUCAGAAGAAGAGUUUGUCAUUGGCUGCACCAAAAACCAGGACGUGAGUAAAAAAUACAACAUCAGCCGCAUGGCAAAUCUGUUCCAUUAUGAUCUAGAAAAAGAGUACCUGGAGGAGGUGCGUCGCGCCUUUGACUCCAUCGACGUCAAACACACUGGGCUCAUUACGCCAGAGAGUUUAGAGAAACUGAAACUCAACUGCACCAAGUCGGAAAUACAUGCCUUUUUCCAAGCCAUUGAUCCGCAGAACACCGGUAAAUAUACGCUGACAUUCGAGCAGUUCGUCAAUAUGUGUUCUCAGUACGACGCGUUCAAGAAUCACCCCCUCACGCAACGGCUCCGCCGCCUGGAUCAGUUCUUCGAUGUAACCGAGAUCAACUCGCUGAAGGCCUACCUAAGCACCGGCUUCACUGUCGCAGGGUCGCGCGAGAAUAUCGUCCUGCGCAUCCGCUCACAGGAGAAAACGCUGUCAACGCGCUUCGAGGGCGGUGGGGGUGGGCUUCUUUACGGCACGUAUACGCAGGACGACAAGAAGGUCCUCGAGGUGGGUAUUCACCUGCUCCCCACCGUCGUAGGUUACACCAAAAUAGUGCCGUACCGCAUUGCCGGAAAGACGAAGGAGUUCCACCACUGGUUCUUGGAGCUGCGCAAGGCACUUCGGGCGGAGAUCUUGCGCUGCGAGGAGGACACCGUAGUGAGAGGCUCCCCGGAGCUCUUUUAA